CUUCGGCGAGUUCGGAACGUUUGCGGCAGCGUUUCUCGGCCACGCUUCUCAAAUUUCUGCAUUCGGUGAAAAACAAACGGAUAUCGAACGAUCUCGCCUGCGAAACAUGCCCGGCACCUCGUAUCCCACGAAUAAUGAUAAUUUCAGCAACGGAUUUCCGAUGGCGACCACACAAAGUGAGCGUCUGUUGCAGGCCCAGAAUCGAAGAAAGUUUAGUUUUCCUGCCACACUUCAUUCCGCCUCCCUUUUGGAAGUGGGUGGUGGCCCAAAAGAGACCACUCGGCGGAGGUUGAGCAAUGUCAGCGAUGCAGUGACCAGAAAACUCUCUUAUACCAUUGGUUGGAAGGCGGCCCAGAUUCCAGCGCAGGAUAUCAUCACGCAGGGUCGUUGCCUAUGUGGCCACUACAUCAAACGACGUCUGAGAAGAUCGGGAUUGUUUAAUAAAAAGUUAGGACUGCAGCGCAUACGUAGCAUUCUAGGUUCCACCUCCAUGGGCAUUGUAAGAGAUGUUUUUCCAGCAGUUCAAGUGUUGGGUGACGAACUGGAGCGCAUGCAUCCGCGUGUCUACAACGGAGUAGCUCGUCAGAUUUGUCGAAAUCCUGGCGGUGAGUUUCACACUCCGGAUGCUGUGAGCUUGCUUCUGGGAGCUGUGGGUCGCGAGCUUUUCCGGGUGGAGAUUACAUGGAGCAAGGUGAUAUCGUUGUUUGCCAUUGCCGGUGGACUAUCUGUAGAUUGUGUGCGCCAAGGACAUCCCGAAUACCUGCCCAAGUUAAUGGAGAGCGUUUCGGAGGUGAUUGAGGAUGAGCUGGUUCCAUGGAUCAAUGAGAAUGGUGGAUGGAGCGGCAUCAACACUCAUGUUUUACCCACUACCAAUAGCCUAAAUCCAUUGGAAUGGACCACUUUGAUUAUAGGCGUAGUUUUUGGCUUAAUUUUAGUUUUUAUGGUUUUGCGGUUUAUAAUUAACAUGAUUAUACCGAAAAUAUACCAACGAUUUACGAACUGAACUCGAA